AUCAGAGAGUCCACAAGAAGCAGUAAGAAACCAGUUUGGUAAAGAAGGUGAAGAGGAGAAGAAAAGAGAUUCAAUAACAUCAAAGGGUCCUCCUAAGUACAAUGUGUCUUGAGAGCUUGUAGAAACUCAAUACAAUGUAUUUUGUUUGAUAUGUUUACUUAUAGCUUUUGUCUUAUUCUAGUGUCUACAUCUGCAAAUCAAAAACAUACAAAGUUGAGAGUUAUCAUAGCAAAACAUUCUCUCUUCAAAACAGUUAUGGUUGGUAAACAACACCAACAAAUCAUUAAUAACGUGUAUAAGGUACAAUUACCUAACUAAUGAAGAUACAAACAAAAAGUCGUUGUAGUAUAGUGGUAAGUAUUCCCGCCUGUCACGCGGGUGACCCGGGUUCGAUGCCCGGCAACGGCGUCAACUUUUUAUUUCACUCAUUAAUUUUUUUUUUUUUCUUCUUUAAAUGUCAGAUUCGUCUAAUCGAAUCUAAACGGAGAAUCCAAAAAUGACGACGAGCAUUCACAUCACAGCACUCGACGGGAUCGUGAACGUGAACUCACUCUUCACCCUCGCCGUCUUCAUCGGCCUAGCCUGGAACCCCUCCGACCCAACGAACAGCCUCGUGACCGACCCGAACUGCAACCCGACGGCGCGCAUGGCGGAGAAUCUCGUCGCCUUCCACGUCUACUCCUUCGCCUCCUUCCUCUUCUCGAGCCUCGUCGCUUUGGGCCUCAAACAGGCCAUGAGGCUCAACAUCGCGGCCCCUUCGUUUCACUUCUCGGCUCGGAUCGAUCCGGUGGUUUACUAUGUUAACAAGACGGCGCUCAGAUUCGGGAUGGUUAUAUCCGGUUUGGGAUCGGUUUGCGGGUGUGUGUUUUUGAUGUUGGCUUUGAUUAAUGUGGUUCAGAUCAAGCUGGGGAGCUUUGGGUGUGGCGCGAGUGGGCAUAGUUAUGCGGCGGUUGUGCCGCUUUUGGUUUUGGUUCCUUCGGCUUUGUUUAUUUAUGUUUCUCUUAUGCUUUAUGCUUUUACUCGUUAGAAUGAUUGAUGCAAAUAGGAAACAAUGUUUUGUAUGGUGUGUUUGAAAAUGAGAAUGAUUCUUGUGCUGAUUCUGAGAUAUGAUUCUCAUUUAGA